AUGGAAUUCCCCAAUUUGUCAGAUACUUUAACCGAUAGUGAUCUAAUGGAGAUGAUAGAGACUACUGACCAACGAACGAAAAGCCGUCUUCGAGCCAAGCGUUUAUACUAUAAAAAGCGGAACGUGAUUAACGAUCUUCAAUGCAACGUAAACGUCUUGGAGGAAGAAUAUAAACGUUUGCUAGCUAUUUGCCACGAACGAGACGCGAAGCCGACGUCAGAGGCUAGUACUCCUGACUCCAGCCAUGCCAUCCAUCACGCGUACGUGCAGUUGACACAAACGAAAAGCGCGUUGGUCAAAGAGAACGAGGAUUUGAAACAUCUUCAUUCUAUUAAUGUGGAGAUGGAGAGACAGGUCAAGCAACUGAUUACAGCUCAGAAGAAGGCUUUGAUGAUGGCUGAACAAGAGCAAGAACAUAAACGGAGAAAUCCUGUGCUUAAAGUGAAUCCGCUUACACAAGACCAGUGUGCAGAGAUUGCGCGGACAUCAUACCGAGAGAUUAAGGCGUUUCGAGAGAGUGACACGUGUUUUUCGACAGGAACGAGUGUGUUGGGCUGGCGAGAUCGACACGUUUUGCGUCAGAACAAACUCAUGUUUUCACUGGAAAAGACUUUUCACGGCCGGGCAAUGGACAUGAUGGCUCGAGAUAUCUGGGACAUCCUGUCGUUACCAGAACCAAUUGUGAUCAUGCGUCCGCGUGACGCAAAAGUGCACUUUCAUGUCGUGCAGCGACUAAAUGAGGACGCGGUUGUUUACUACUAUACGCUAGAGCGUGAAGACACUGACGUUCGGAUCCGUGCGUUCAUCUUGGCCAUGCGAGUUGACCUCGGACCAGACGGGUGCAUGGUGAUUCUACGCAGCUUGGAUCCGAAGACCUACCUCCAGCACGACGGCGACUGCACAGCACCAGUGCGCCGUGGACGCCGGAAGAUAGAGCCUCAAAAAGAGAAUUUCUGGCUUGAUGUCUUCGUGUGGAGCUUCUAUGAGUAUGCGGGUGAAGGACUUGACGACUGUAAGCAAACCUUUGGUGGCGAAAUCGAAGGCACAGCGCUCGCGAGCACAGGCUGGUGGUCUAUUGAGAUACUUGAGAUGGCUUUGCGCAUGGAAAGUCGAGGGAGUGGAUUUCGGGGACUACUCCGGUGGUGA